CUCGUGCACGCGCUCUCUGUCUCUCACUCACACACACACACACACUGAAAAACUCUGUGAGGAUUUUACACACAGCUCUUCAGCACACGAAUACUAAUAUAAUCAUGGCGUUCAGCGCGUUCUCUCGUCUGUCUACAGUUUUACUUUAUAUCGGCUUCAUCAGCUCAGAGAAGAUUCCAGUGCCUGGAAAUGUGCGAGUGUUAUCAUUAGACAUGGGAUUACAGCUGACAUGGGAUCCCCCAAGAAACAUCACGGAUCAACUCUUGAAUUACACCGCUGAUCUGAGCGGAUGGACGAUGGAUUUUGAGAGCGUGUGUGCGAACAUCUCUUCACUCAGCUGUGACUUCACCGAUCACGUCUCCACCACCUUUGGAACAUAUCGUCUUCGUGUUCGGACCGAGCUCGACGGAGAGACGUCUGACUGGGUGGAGACUGAAGAGUUUGGAGUGGACAAAAUAACUAGUAUAAGUGGGCCACAUGUGGAGCUGAAAAGCAGAAAGGGUCAAACAGAAGUUCACAUCACCGAUCCUCCCAUGAAGAAAAAGAACCUGAGGGAUGUGUUCGGCAGUAUUUCUUACCUCAUCCGUUACUGGAAAGAAGGAGAAGUGACAAAGGAGGAGCUAAUAAGAGAACAGAACAGAAUCAUGUUACCGUCUCUGGAGCCGCUGGUGAGCUACUGUGUUCAGGUGGCAGUUUUGUGUUCCAUCAAUACAACCAGUGACUUCAGCAAUGUCACCUGUGUGACCAACACAGCCAGCGAUGAGGUGGAGAGCUGGUUUAUAGCGGUGUUGUUGUUGGUCAGUUUUGUGGUGGUGUCAGCGGCUGUGCUGCUCAUCUUUCUGGCUGUGUGGUCCAGUUAUAAAGUGUGCCGGAUGAUUUAUCCUGAUGCCAAUCUACCUGACCACUUGAAACAGUAUCUGUAUGAACGGCCUCAGUCCUCCGUGCUGUUGAGCGCUCCGCCGAAGGAGAACGUUCAUGAGGUCAGGAUCCUCCACGAGGAGACGCACAACACUCAGCAGGCGGAGCGGCCAAUCAGAGCUCAGCAUAAUGCCACAGACUGUUGGACAACAGUGGAUGUAAAAGAGAGAGAUGAAGAACAGAGAUUACUUGAUGAAAUCAAACUGUAGUAUUCACAUCAUGAACUUUCUUCAUUUUAUAAAUGUUAAGAACUGUGAGUGUAAAUCACUUGUGACGUCUCAUAGCAUGCCUCGGCGUCUGAGGGUCAAAAUCUGACAUACUCAACUCAACUCUCUACUCAACUCAACUUUAUUUAUAUAGCGCUUUUACAAUUUUCAUUGUUACAAAGCAGCUGUACAUGAGACACAUUGACUACAAGCAAAACAAUCAAAGUUGUACCUGCAAAAACAAGAAAACAUACUGAAAACAUACUGAAGGUUUCUUCUGGUGUGUGUGUAUUUUUAUAUUUCAUGAAGACAGCACCAGUGUAAUGUUAGUAUUCAUUUAUGCUGCAUGCUUUACGCACAGUCUGAUAAUGACUCAAACUUAUCAAAUAAUGAAAAUAUAAUAUCCUGUCAUAUAACAAGAUAAAUAAUGAGACGAAUGCAAUCUCUCAGCUGCCUGUGUGACUCGUUUGAGUUUCAGAUCAGCACUCGUCUAAAAGAGCCGAAAUGUCCCGCUUUACAUGUGAAUAAGAGAAAAACACGUUCAGAUCGGAGUUUGAUUCAUCAAGUGUCUGUGCCAGAGUCGGCGGCACGAGGGGGCAUGGCCCGGCCACUUCAGUCACUGUGUCCCCUCACUUUUUAAAAUGAUAAAAGACGAAAUCAUUUAAAAAACAUUUGGAGAAUGAAUUUGGUUUAUAUUUAUUAAAGAAACAACAAGAGCAGAGGGUAAAAAAUAAUGUAUUUAUUCGUUAACAGGUUUUAAAGACAUUGUCUUGUGCUGUACUUUCAUGUGUUGUUAAAAACACAAGCUAAAGGACUGUUGCGUCCAGCGGCAAUGUUUCUGUAUGCAUUGCUUAACAAGAAACGGGCAUUAUUAUUAUACAGACGGUGACAAGUGGAGAUACAGGCUGUCUGUCAGAAAGCAAGAGCUCGCUCUUUAGUGUUGUUUUCUGUCACUUUUUCUUUAAAGCCUGCUUUUGACAUUUUUCUAUAUAUGCGUCUAAAUUAAUAAUCUUCAUUUCAAUUUAUGUAGGCUAUGAUCGGUGUAUUUCCAGUUGUUUUUGUCAAAACGUCAUACAACAUUUGCUCUCCUCCAAGUUGAUAUUAAAAAAAUUAGCCUUUCA